AUGGACCUUGCUUACAACAAUCUCUCUAGAACCAUUCCAAGUUGUAUUAAGAACCUCAGUGCCAUGAUGUCAAUUGACUAUGAUGAAGAGAACUAUAUUUCCUACAGGACCCUCGUCAUCAUCUGGCACUUCUUUAGAAUAGUGUACCGUGAGGACACAGUUCUUGUGACGAAAGGAAAAGCUAUUGAAUAUAAUAAUACUCUCAAUUUGGUGAUAAGUAUAGACCUUUCUGGCAACAGCUUCUCAGUACUGAUUCCGAAUAAAGUAGCAAAUCUUAAAGCAUUACAAUCAUUGAAUUUGUCUUACAAUUCAUUAAGUGGAAGAAUUCCUGAAACUAUCGAUGCUAUGACCUUAUUAGAAUCUCUUGAUUUCUCUGCAAACCAACUCACUGGUGAAAUUCCACAAGUCAUUUCAGGUUUGACAUUUUUGAGUCACUUGAACUUGUCUAACAACAACUUGACCGGAAAAAUUCCUACGGGCACUCAAUUACAAAGCUUUGAUGCUUCUAGUUUUGUUGGCAAUGACCUUUGUGGAUCUCCACUUCCUAAGAAUUGCACUAGUAUUGUUUUAACUCCAGCCUAUGACCAUAGCAGAGGGAAAAAUGGUAAUGAGCAUGAAGUGGAUUGGUUCUAUGUAGGCAUGUUAAAAGCAGUGGGGCCUGUUGCUGUUCUUGGAGGGAUGCUACAGAUUGUGAUAUUUAUGUGCUUGUGUUCCAUAACUGCUCUGUUGUGUGGAGCAAAGUUAUCAGAGGGUGUAUUUGCUGGUUCCUUCCUGUCAAUGUCAUCUACAGCAGUGGUGGUAAAAUUUUUAGUUGAACAUAAUAGUAAUAAUGCUCUGCACGGUCAAGUUACAAUUGGAACACUUAUUUUUCAGGAUUGUGCCGUUGGUUUACUAUUUGCUCUGCUUCCAGUUUUGGGUGGCAAUAGUGGCCCUUUACAAGGAAUGGUUUCAAUGGGAAAGCUGCUGCUGGUUUUGUCCGUAUAUCUCAUUGCUGCUUAUAUUUUGUCCUGGACUUUUGUUCCCCGCUUUCUAAAACUAAUGAUACAACUAUCAUCUCAAACAAAUGAACUUUAUCAGCUUGCUGCUGUUGCUUUCUGCUUAUUAUCUGCUUGGUGCAGUGAUAAGCUCGGCCUUAGUCUUGAGUUGGGUUCAUUUAUGGCUGGAGUUAUGAUAUCCACCACUGACUUUGCGCAACAUACUUUAGACCAGGUGGAACCAAUUCGUAACUUGUUUGCGGCUCUCUUCCUUUCUAGUAUUGGAAUGCUUAUACAUGUACAUUUUUUAUCGAACCAUAUCAACAUUUUGUUAGCAUCUGUUAUUCCGGUUAUCGUUAUAAAAACUGGUGUCGCUGCUAUAGUUACUAAGUUGUUCGGGUAUAGCAUGAGGACAUCAUUCUUUGUAACUUGCGCCAAGCAACUUCCAUGGAAGAAUCUUCAAUAUCUUGACCUUCGUUCCAACUUGUUCAAAGGACCAAUUCCAGUUCCGCCACCUGACAUGAAAGUCUUUUUAGUAUCAAACAAUAAUUUGACAGGAGAAAUACCUCAUUUAACCUGCAAUAUGAGUACCCUUGAAGUUCUUGAUCUUUCCAACAAUAGCUUGACGGAGAAUAUGAAAUCCAUGAUGAGUGUUAGUGGUGAAGUUAAAAAGAAGCCUCAGUAUAUGGGAGGCAGGUAUUAUGAAGAUUCAGUGACGCUUGUAGUUAAAAAGCUUGAGGUUAAACUAGUGAAAAUUCUUACUGUUUUCUAUACCAUUGAUUUCUCGAAUAAUAGCUUUAAUGGUACGAUUCCAGAAGUAAUUGGAAAGCUUCGAGCACUUAAUCACCUCAACCUUUCUCAAAACAGUCUAACAGGUCAGAUUCCUCCAUCGUUGGGCAAUUUGGAAGGAGUCGAAGUCUUAGACCUUUCUUCAAACAAACUUAGCGGGAGAAUUCCAUGGCAGUUAACUAAUUUGAUAUUUCCCUCUUUGCUGAAGCUGUCGCAAAACCAACUUGUGGGACGUAUUCCUCAAGGGAACCAAUUCUAUACCUUCUCAAGUGACUCGUACGAAGGAAACUUGGGAUUAUGUGGACCUCCAUUAACAGAAUGCAGCGACCCUUCGUAUCCACCUCAUAUUGAGGUUGAUACAGACUCUAAUAAAGAUUUUGGUUGGAAAGUUGUGUUGAUGGGUUAUGGAUGUCUUGUGUUCACAACAAGAAAGCCUCAAUGGCUUGUAAACGCAGUUGAAGUGAAUUCCAACAAAACGGUGGGAAGGAUUAAAAACAAACAGAAAAGAAGAAGAAAUUAG